AUGGUAGUAUUUUGGAGAUGCAAGAAGUGUAGGGCUGAAAAAUCAAUUAGGCGAGGAUCUUGGUUCGCUUGUAGUAAGCUCAAUUUACAGGAAAUCUUUUUCUUAACAUGGGAAUUAAUUAAGGGUACGGCGUCUAGUAAUAUUGAAGAGGAUUUUGGCUUUUCUUCUACGACUUUAGCAGACUGGCGUCAAUUCGUUAAUGAACAAGUGUUAGAUUAUGUUGAAUUGAUGUCAAAUAAAAUUGGUGGUGUAGGCAAAGUUGUGGAAGUAGACGAAUCAAAAUUUGGUAAAAGGAAAUACAACAAAGGGCAUUAUGUCGAAGGUCAGUGGGUUUUUGGGGGUGUAGAGCGUGAUUCGGGAAAGGUAGUUUUAGUGGCUGUUCAUGAGCGGAGUCAAGAAACUUUAAUUGCAUUAAUUAAACAAUGGAUAGAGCCAGGCACUACUAUCAUCUCGGAUUGUUGGAAAGGUUAUAAUCACGAUGUGUUGACUAAAGAAAGAUUUAAACAUUUAACCGUUAACCAUUCACUGAAUUUUGUUGAUCCAAGUACGGGCGCUCACACCAAUACAAACGAAAGCACUUGGAGACACGUAAAAAUACAUUUCCCAACAUAUAAUAUGCAAAAUGAUGCGUCUUUCCACUUGGCUAUGUUUAUGUUCGAAAAAAGUUGCUAUGAAAAGAAAAUUGAUUUGUGCAAUGCAUUUUUUGAGAUUAUCAGAGAUGUAGAUUGGGAAAAUUUUACUUAUAACCUUUAG